AUGAAUAAAAUAACUUCAUCAGAAGGACUACAACACUCCCAUUACAAAGAAUAUCCUAUGAGAUGGGUUUAGUUAGGACUCUUUUUAUUUGCACUGCUUUCUAAUAUUAUGUUUGGAUUUUCAUUGUCUCCAAUAGUAAAAGAGAUGUCAAUCAUAUAUGAUGUAGAUAGCAGGUAAGAAAAUAAUUGGUAAUUUAGAUAUUUGUAAUUUCUAACUAUAAGCUUUACAGUAUUUUCAGUGAUAAUGAUAAUCCCAGGAAAUAUAAUUAAUGAAAAAUAUGGAAUUAGAAUAAGUAUAAUGAUAGGUAUAUUAAUUAUUAUUAUAUAUUUAGGAUGCAUUUUAACUUUUAUUGGCUCCAUUAGUGCUUUGCUAAUAAAUGUUUCAUUUUGGUUUUUCUUUAUAGGGCAGCUAUCUUCUUUAAUAGGUUUUCCCUUUAGAUUAAUAAGUGCAUCUAAAUUUGUAGCAAAUUGGUUUUACCCUGAGAAAAGAAUCUUAAUAAUGGUUAUAAUAGCUUUGUGUUUUAAUGCAAGUUCUGGGAUAGCAAUAAAAAUUCCACUUUUAAUUUUAGGAGACUAUGAUAUUAAAGAGGAGCACACAUAAAAUGAAAUAGAUGAAGGAAGACAUUUAAUGUAAAAUUUAAUGUUCUUUUUGUUUGGUUUAAUGGUUGUUUUAUGUCUACCACCAAUCUUUUUAUUUAAAGACAAAGCUCCAACUCCACCUAGUUUUACAGCUUCUGAUGUAUAAUAAAAUAUUUAUUCUCUAAGCAAUGCAUAAGGGUUGAUUAUAGAAAAGCUGGGGUCAUUGUUGCCAAAAAUUUUGAUUUUUUAUACUUAACAAUCGGUUUUGCAUUUAUAUUAGGAACAAUUACAUUAUUUACUUUAUAAAUGGAAUAUCUCAUUAAACCAUUUGAUUAUACAUUAAUGGAUUAAAGUAAUUUAGUAUUAGCAGGUGUUAUUGCUGGUUUAAUUGGAGAUAUUUGUGUAGGUACAGCAAUUAAAAAGCUUAAAUCUUUUAAAUUUGUAUUGAGAAUUUGUAAUGCUUUAGUAACAGUGUUAUUUGCUGUUUUAAUUAUAGCUAUACAUGUUAAUAAAGUAUUUUUCUUUAUUAUGUAUUUCCUUGUUUGUGGAAGUUCUGCUAUAAUGGCAUUAACCUUUGAAUUUUCUUGUGAAUUGUGUUUUCCAAUGAGUGAGAACACUACAAUAGCAAUGUUAGGAUUAUUUGGUAACUUAAUUAAUUUUUUACAAGGAGUACCAGAGAUCUUAAUAUUAAAAGUAAAGAUUAUAUAAUAAUUUUAUUUUCAAGGGUGAUUCUAAAUUAUCUUCAACUUUGACUAUGGUUUUAAUGCUCUGCUUAAUUGUUGCAGCUAACUAUUUUACAAUGAAUGUUAAAGAAAACUUAAAGAGAUAAAAAAGGGAUUUUUAAGAAGAUGAUGAAGCAGAGUAGAGAGAACAUGGGAUUAGUAUGCUAGAAUAACCUAUUACAAAUUGAUUUAAUUUAAAAUUUAUUAACUU